AUGGCUGACGACCAACGUCACGACAUCGCCGAGCUGUACACGAAGAUGACCCUGGGGCAAAUGAAGCAAGAGUUGCCAAACUUCGAUUGGCUGCUCUUCUUUAACGAAGUCUUUCGUGAAAUAACCGAUCAGAAUGGCACACGGAUCGUAUUUGAUGAAAAUGCCGAAGUGGUGAUAUAUGGCAUCGAAUUCCUCCGUCGACUAGAUAAACUACUUCCGGAAUAUGAGAAAAGGUAA